AUGCCUUGCAGCUGGCCAGAGUGGUUUUCGAAGAAAAGGGGCGGACGAAUUUCAGCGCAAAGUAGCCGAGCCCCUCACCGCCACUCACGAGAUCGCCGCCGCCACAUGAAGGGGGGGCGGCCACGGAUUUGCACGAGGGGAAACCCGACGGGCACUGGCAUUUAUUCCCAGGGUAACAUGCGUAGUAAGGAUCACAUGCUGCGGGUCUACUGCACUCGUCCUGAGGUAUCCUCGUCGAGGACUGGGUCGGGGAAGAAUCGAGAAGCAUCAUGCUGCCCACGUGGAGUUAUUAUCAGCAGCAGCAGCAGCAGCGCCGCCAUCGGAGAAAAUGAACUGCCAGAAAUUGGCGGUGACAACGGCCGAGCUCACUUGGCCUCCAUCUUUAUUGAUGGUUAUCCGGGUGUCGCUGCUCAUGGACCAGUAAGGCUGCGGAGGCUUGAAAUUUGCGGAAAGGAUCAUGUCGCCGGAUUUAAUCUCGAGGGAUUAUUCGAACCCGGGUCGCUCACUAGCUUCAUCCCCUCGGAAAACUCCUGGUUCGACACGAGGGUGUCCGUGGGAUGGCUAAAGCUCUGCCAGAUCACGCUGUCGUCAUCACCAACCAGAACGAGAUUCCCAGAAUCUUGCAACUCCAUGGCAGAGACUCCUCUGUUGGCGGUGUUGGUGGACCAGAUGGUGGACCCGCCACUGAGCAUUUCCGGAGGUGUCGAACUGGAAAUUGUCAGAGUUACGGAUAGUGGAGCCUCUGUUGGCUGUCCAAAUUAUGGUGGAGCUCAUCUUGUGGAUGACGACGAGAAGAAACAGAGUGACGUCGGUGGGGGUGGUGGUGAAACCGAAGCCGAAGUUGGAAUUGUUGGACACGAGGAAUAA